CUCCUUCCUUCGCUAUUUUUUCCCUCUGCAACUUGAAGGUGGGGCCGGAGUUUCACCGAUCGAGAGAUGCCGGGGAGACGAUCGGCGACCCAUUCGCAAGCGUAAAGGUCGUAUGAGAGGUUGCUGUAAGGAUGUCAAGGCCGUGGCUCCUUGUUUUCCUGCUUUUGCUGAUUGUGUUCACGUCUCAGUUCGAGUGGAAGCAACAAUUCGGUAAUGAGAAUGACCUGACUCCGAACAAGUCGCAGAAGGAGCAAUAUGUUUCUGAAAGGGAAGAAACCGUGAAGGAAAAGUUAGCCAGUCAACAUAAUGUCAUAGAGUGGAGAUUAAGGACGACUGUGAAUGUGAAGAGGAUGAAAAAGAAGGCAAAGCCUGAAUCGGCAACGCAAAGAAAGGACUUUACAAAGAUUAUCCUCUCUCAAGAGAAAACCAUUCAGAAACUCAAUGAGCUUGUCCAAACUCUCCGCCAACAGCUCCACCAGUGUAGGGGCGAAAAUGAUAGCAGUGGAUCCUCUGGUCCUUUAACUGAAAUACUGACAGAGCUUGAUCGGCAUCCAAUCUUGGAGGACUAGUCAUGUAUCAUUACUGAGCUUCAUGAUUGUAAGUAAUUAACUCAUUUAUUUUCUAUGGAAGCAUUUUGUAUGAGUGUGAUUUACCAUGCCAUCGUUGGAGUUGAUUGAUGCAAUUUUGCUUCCACAAAAUCUAAUGUAUGUUAACUACAUUCAUUAAUUUUCGGAUCCUCAUCUUGCUGAGCAAUCUUGAGGGUGAUAUGUAGAUUGAAACCGGUUAUUUUGGUUCCA